CAUUUAGCCAGUUUACGCGAUGCUAGGUCGUAAGUAGGAGUACUUUUAGCAGGAAAAUCCUACAAAACGUACUCGGCACAUUAUAUAACAUAAUUAUAGUAUAUUUAAAGACUUCGUCUAUAUAAUCUUAUUUUAAUGGUAUUGUACGUAUGAAUUACAUAACCACUUGGUGGGUGAUCUUGUCUUUAUUUGUAAACAUUAAGUGUUGCAAUAUAAUGUAAUUUUAAAAUAAAUUUGGGUAAUAAAUUAUGCAUACCCCUCAAAUUGAAUCACAUUCACAAAAUUUUGUAUAUUCAGAAAACUUUGCUAUUUGUCUAAAACAUGUAAAAUCGGUGACUUGUAUUUUGAAUAUCAAUCAAGUUAAUCUUUGAAAAGCUCAACAAUACAACAUUUUAAAAUAUUUGUUACACCGUCUGUUAACAACAGACGGUCAAUAAUGCAAGCGACAGCUAUCACGCUUACGAUAAACGUAGAAAAAGUAGUCAAAACUCCGAUCAAUGAGUUAUUUGCUCAAAUCUUUGCUGUAUUUCUGUUGCGUAGAACAAUUUCUUAGUGUACUCUUUUGACAGACACAAAAAAUUUACUCAUUAUAUUAUGUAUUCCCGGCGUCGGAACGUGACGUGAAAAUAUUUAUUUCGGGGCAAUGGCGUUACUUUCUUAAUUCUCUUUAACGUCUUUUAUUUUACAAUAAUAUAUUUAACUUAUAUAAUUAGGAAAUAACGAUUCCUAGAAGCUGGCAGCAUUAAAUCAGAAUAAUGAUUACAAACUAAAAAAAAUGUUCAGUGUUUGUUACAUAUUUUGGCUUGAAUGCAUGGCAUUUAAAAUAAUUGAAAAACAUAGAAUAUCAAUUAAUAACAGCUGUGGUUCGUGGUUAUGAAAAUAAAGGAAAUAACUGUACCAGUUACAACUUCAUACUAUACAUACAGAUAAGAUUUAUGCUGAUAUGGAUUUUGAGAGUAAUACUAGAAUCUUAAAAUCGCAGAAAAAGUUAAAUGAGGAUCAAACUACUCAAGAAGGUGGAAUGGAUUCCAAGCAUGAAAAAUGUAUAGUCCAGACUCAAAAUGGAUGGGUUUGUGGAUACAUUGAUAAAAGAGAUGAAGGAACUUAUUACAAAUUCAAAAGUAUACCAUACGCAGAACCGCCUGUUGGAAAUCUAAGGUUUAUGCCUCCCAAAUGUGUAAAGCCUUGGAAAAAUAUACUAGAUUGCACAAAAGAUGCAUCAUUACCACUAUCACUCUUUGUUAAUCAAGAAGUCUUUGGUUCUGAAGAUUGUCUUUAUAUUGAAGUAUCCUCCCCAAACAUUAAACCUGAAAAACCACUUCCUGUCAUGUUUUGGAUUGGAAGCUGCAACUUUGUUUUUUAUAUAGAUUCAAUUCUUGACCCAACUCAUUUAAACAAUCAGGGAAUAGUUUUUGUAAGAUGUGGAUUUAGAUUGGGACCCUUUGGAUUUCUGUCAAUAAACGAUUUUUCAGCACCAGGAAAUGUUGGAUUAAAGGAUCUUAUAUUAGCAUUUAAGUGGGUUCAAGCUAACAUAACUUACUUCGGUGGUGAUCCUAACAAUGUAACUGCAUUUGGAAGUGGUACAGGAGGCGCGAUUGUACAUCUUAUGACAUUAUCUCCCUUGGCAGGUGGCCUGUUUCAUAAAGCCAUUGUUCAAAGUUCUAGUGCCCUUAACGGAUGGUCUCUAGCUAAGAAUCCAGUUGAAAAUGCCAUGACCUUAGCCAAACAUCUAGGUAUAAAGAAAACAGACAAAUUUGAAGUUGUUGAAGAAAUGAGAAAGUUAUCAGGCUACGACAUUAUGAAAACCUAUAGCACAUUCCUUUUUGAUAAAUACCGAGUAGAGAAUGAUGUAUUCGAUUCACCAUUCAAGCCUUCUAUAGAAAAUGAAUUUGAAGGACAACCAACAUUUAUAAGCAAAAGUCCAUCUAAAAUACUUAAUUCUGGUAAUUUUAAUAAAGUUCCGAUAAUGAUUGGCACCAACAAUGUGGAAGCUAAGGUGCUACAAUAUAUAAAAGACGGUUUUUAUAAGGAUUAUAAUAAAUACAAUGAGGAUGUCAGACACCUGGUUCCUAAAUCAUUAGCAAAUGUAAACAGUGACAGUCUAAGAAAAAUUGGCCAACAAAUAUUAUCAUUCUACUUUGUUGGGGUAGAAAAAUUUAAUGAACAAUCCAUAAAACAAUACUUACAGUUUCUCACAGAUUACUAUUUUCAUUACUACUUGGACAAAACAAUACGAAUACAUAGCAAAGUUUCCCCUGAGUGCCCUAUCUACUACUAUGUUCUCAAUUACGCUGGAGAAUGGCUGGUGCCUAAAGAAUUAGAAUUUUUUAAUACUAUUGGUCAUACUGCAGAGCUGCCAUUUCUAUUUCGAAUAAAAUCAUCAGAUGGCUCUUUUUACAAGGGAAGUUGUAUUUCACUAACUACAAGGGAUAGAUGUGUCAAAAUGUGGACAAACUUUGCAAAAUAUGGAAAUCCUACUCCUACAGAUAACGAUGAACUUUUACAGAUCACAUGGGAUUCUGUAGAGAAUGAAAAAAGGCUAAAUUUCUUGAGUAUUAGCUCAGAUUUAACAAAAGGAAGAAAUCCAUUUUAUAAACGAAUGUUAUUUUGGGAAAGCAUACAUAAAGAACAUAUUGUUCUUAAAGUUAUCACACAUAUGAAUGACAUGGGGCUGAAGUUUUAAUAUAAGUGUAGAUUUUUUUAUAGAAUUAUUAUCAUUAUAUUGUUUAUAAUUAUAGGAAAGUUUAAUUUAUCUUUAACAUAACAAGUCUUUAUUAAUCUGGUUUAGUUAAAAAAUUAAGAAUUUAGCACGAUGUUUGUUUUUAUCAACAAUACAUUUAGUAGUAAUACCUACAUAAUUUGAAAUAAGUAUGUAGUUAUUAACUAUCACAUAAAUAUUAACAAGGUUAUUAUCGGUUUUCCCAAAGUAUCCAGUAAGAGUGCUAAAAUAUAAUAUCAGUAUGUUUUGCGGUUUUGCCCAAAUAACAGUAGCCUGCAAUGUAUUUUUUUAGAGUAUGUUUUUGAUUGAAAUUUUUAAAUUCCAAAUAUUUUUUUAUUGAAGUCCGAACUUAAUAUUCCCAAAAGUACAACAGUUUCAAGCGAUUUACUGGAGCAAAGAUAUAUAAUAAAAAUGGAUGCUUUAUUUUUUCUAUCAACUUUUUUUUUAUCUUACGUGCACUUUCUAGUAUUACA